GUGCGUUGGCUUCUUUGCGCUUUUCCCGGAGCCACGCACGGAAAGGCGCACCCACUUGGGGAUCCAGACGCCUGUUUACAAGCGCCGCCUCCGCGGGCGGCGCUGCUCUGGCUCGUCCUUUCCCGCCCCUGGGACCUGGCUUCUACCCCGCCCCGUAUUUGUGCGGCGCGGGUUGGCCUAGCCAGCGCAGAGAGGCUGGGCUUGUGGGCGCAGCAGCUCCGGAGGUCAAGCUGGGCUGAGCUUGCGGGCCGGCGAAGGCCGGCGGGGACGCGGUCGGGGCUAUGCUGGGCAAGGAUUACAUGCUGGCCAUCAUUCUGGUCAACUGCGAUGACGACUUGUGGGGGGACCAGAGUCUUGAGGGGGAGCCAGGACUGCCCCCUGGCUGGAGGAAGAUACGCGAUGCUGCAGGUACUUACUAUUGGCAUGUACCCAGUGGCAGCACCCAGUGGCAGCGCCCAACCUGGGAGACGGGAGAUGCAGAGGACCCGGGCACGAAGACGGAGGGGAUUUGGGGACUUCGGCCUCCCAAGGGGAGAUCCUUCUCGAGCCUGGAGAGCUCACUGGACCGCAGGACCUCUCUGUCCUGGUAUGGUGAAGAAUCCUACAUCCAGAGUAUGGAGCCAGGGGCUAAGUGCUUUGCAGUCCGCUCCCUGGGCUGGGUAGAGGUACCCGAAGAGGAUCUGGUACCAGGGAAGAGCAGUAUUGCAGUCAAUAACUGCAUCCAGCAACUGGCCCAGACUCGCAGCCGUAGCCACAGCCAGCCCCCAGAUGGUGCCUGGGGUGAGGGCCAGAACAUGCUGAUGAUCCUAAAGAAGGAUGCCAUGAGCUUGGUGAAUCCUCUGGACCAUAGUCUAAUCCACUGCCAGCCUCUGGUGCACAUCCGUGUGUGGGGUGUGGGCAGCUCCAAGGGCCGAGACAGCCCCAUCUCUGACCCUACCAGGGACUUCGCUUUUGUGGCGGGUGACAAAGACAGCUGUAUGCUCAAGUGCCAUGUGUUUCGCUGUGAUGUCCCUGCCAAGGCCAUUGCCAGUGCCCUACAUGGGCUCUGUGCCCAGAUAUUGUCAGAGCGAGUAGGUGUCAGUGGUGAUUCCCGUGAUUCCCCUUGCUCCUCUCUAGACCCCAUCUCCCCAGAAGAUCUACCACGGCAAGUGGAGCUGCUGGAUGCAGUGAGCCAGGCUGCUCAGAAGUAUGAAGCAUUGUACAUGGGGACCUUGCCAGUCACCAAAGCCAUGGACACCAUGGUGGGCAUGUCCCCCCCCACCCCAGGCAUGGACGUGCUGAAUGAGGCCAUUGGUACCCUCACCACUCGGGGGGACCAGGAUGCUUGGGUCCCUGCCAUGCUCAGUGUGUCUGACUCUCUCAUGACUGCACAUCCCAUUCAGGCAGAAGCUGGUGCAGAGGAGGAACCACUGUGGCAGUGCCCUGUGCGCCUUGUGACCUUUAUUGGUGUUGGCCGUGACCCUCACACCUUUGGCCUCAUUGCUGACCUGGGCCGUCAGAGCUUCCAGUGUGCAGCCUUCUGGUGCCAGCCCCAUGCAGGGGGACUCUCUGAAGCUGUGCAGGCUGCUUGCAUGGUUAUUUCCUGGCCUCUGUGCACAUUGGAAUGUGGGAUGCUUACUCUUAAGUUCAGCUCACUCUUUCCUCAACAAAUACAAGUGUCUACAGGGUACCAGCCACCAUACCUGAUCCUGGGAAUUCACUGAUACAGAAGGCACAGCUUUUGCCCUCACAAAACACACAGGUUAGAUCAGACACAGACCAGAAGGGAGUUGUAUGCCACAUGAUGAUGGAGGAGAUGGCCCCUUGCAGAAAGCUACCUGAAAGAGGUGAUAGAAAGGUGAGAGUUGAAGGUCCAAUGAAGAAGUUAGGUGAAGGGGAUGGGACCAAAGGUAUGCCAAAUACAAGGAACUUCAGGUGUGAAGAUGAGUGCAGUGUUAGUGGGUAAGUGUAUCUAAAUGAAUCUAGUGUAUCUGGAGCGCAAAGGGGCAGAUGAAGUGAGAGCAGAAAAAAUGGCAGACGCCAGGUCAUGGAAGAACUUAGAGAUUGUGGGGUGAGUUUAUUUUGUCUCAAGUCGCUUUGAGACAUUGAAAGGUCUUGAGCAGUGAAUUUAAAUUUAUGGAUUAAGAAGAUCACUUAAGGUAUAUUAUAAGUUUGAAUUCCAGUUGUACCAUUUUUUGCCUAGGUGACUUUGGGCAAGUCGUGUAUUCUUUCUGAGCCAAAAUUUCCUCAUUUGCAAAAUGGUGAUAAUACCUGAUAAAUAACUUUGGAUUAAGUGAGAUUAUGUGAAGCAUUUAGCACAUGCCAAGCCCUCCUAAAUGUCCUUUUCUGUUUUUGUUAUUGAGCUCCCAGGGAGUGUCGUAGGGGCUCCAGAUGGGGCCAACUACCAGCCUCAUACCAGACUGAAGCCAUGGCCAGUUCCCUGUUUUGCAGAUGUUUUCAGGGAGCCCAGGGGCAGAAAGGAGCUGGAUCCUCAUAUUCCCCUUUU